GUCGCGGGGAGAGGAGCCCCGGAGGGAGCGGGGAAUCCCACAGCCCUUUGUGGUGCCCGAGCCCGUGCCGCCUGCAGAGCGGGGUCGGUGGGAGCUAGGUGCAUCCGUGGAAAUGCCUGCCGCGCAGGGAUAUUGCUUGAGUUGACCUUCCCGCGGCUCAUUCUUUUGAGGACCCUUUGUUCAGUCCAAAAUGGCAGAGAAGGCACCCCCUGGCUUAAACAGGAAGACAUCAAGGUCGACACUUUCUCUUCCACCGGAACCGGUGGACAUCAUUAGGAGCAAAACGUGCUCCCGCAGAGUGAAAAUCAACGUGGGGGGCCUCAACCACGAGGUCCUGUGGAGAACGUUGGACCGGCUGCCCAGGACCCGCCUGGGGAAGCUCCGGGACUGUAACACGCACGAGAGCCUCCUGGAGGUGUGCGAUGACUACAACCUGAACGAGAACGAGUAUUUCUUCGAUCGGCACCCUGGAGCCUUCACUUCCAUUUUAAAUUUCUACCGGACAGGGAAACUCCACAUGAUGGAAGAAAUGUGCGCUCUCUCUUUCGGCCAAGAGCUUGAUUACUGGGGGAUUGAUGAGAUCUACUUAGAAUCUUGUUGCCAAGCCAGGUAUCAUCAAAAGAAGGAGCAGAUGAACGAAGAGCUGCGGCGGGAGGCGGAGACCAUGCGGGAGCGGGAGGGAGAAGAGUUUGAUAACACGUGCUGCCCUGAAAAGAGGAAGAAACUGUGGGACCUGCUGGAGAAGCCCAACUCGUCCGUGGCUGCAAAGAUCUUGGCUAUCGUGUCCAUCUUGUUCAUCGUACUCUCCACCAUUGCGCUGUCUCUGAACACGCUACCAGAGCUGCAGGAGAUGGAUGAAUUUGGACAGCCCAACGACAACCCCCAGUUGGCCCACGUGGAGGCCGUGUGUAUCGCCUGGUUUACCAUGGAGUACCUUUUACGGUUCCUGUCCUCACCAAAUAAAUGGAAGUUCUUUAAGGGCCCACUGAACGUUAUCGACUUGCUGGCCAUCUUGCCGUAUUACGUCACCAUUUUCCUCACGGAGUCCAACAAGAGCGUGCUGCAGUUCCAGAACGUGAGGCGCGUGGUCCAGAUCUUCCGCAUCAUGCGUAUCCUCAGGAUCCUGAAACUCGCCAGACACUCGACGGGCCUGCAGUCCCUGGGUUUCACCCUCAGGCGGAGCUACAAUGAACUGGGCUUGUUGAUAUUGUUCUUGGCCAUGGGGAUAAUGAUAUUCUCCAGCCUGGUCUUUUUCGCCGAGAAGGACGAAGACGCGACCAAGUUCACCAGCAUCCCGGCCUCAUUUUGGUGGGCCACCAUCACGAUGACCACUGUCGGCUACGGUGACAUCUACCCAAAAACACUGCUGGGGAAGAUCGUGGGAGGCCUCUGCUGUAUUGCGGGAGUGCUGGUGAUCGCUCUUCCCAUCCCAAUCAUUGUGAACAAUUUUUCCGAGUUUUACAAGGAGCAGAAACGCCAGGAGAAGGCCAUUAAAAGGAGAGAGGCUCUCGAGCGGGCCAAGAGGAAUGGAAGCAUCGUUUCUAUGAACUUAAAAGAUGCCUUUGCUCGCAGUAUGGAACUGAUAGACGUGGCUGUGGAGAAGACGGGAGAGUCGGCCCACACCAAAGACCCCACGGGUGAUAACCACCUCUCUCCAAGCCGGUGGAAGUGGGCCCGGAAGGCUCUUUCGGAAACAAGCUCCAACAAGUCUUACGAGAAUAAGUACCAGGAGGUCAGCCAAAAAGACUCCCACGGGCAGCUGAACAACACGUCUUCCUCCAGCCCACAGCAUCUGAGCGCCCAGAAACUGGAGAUGCUGUACAACGAGAUCACCAAGACGCAGCCCCACGCCCACCCGAAUCCCGACUGCCAGGGGCAGCCCGAGAGGCCGUCUGCGUACGAAGAAGAGAUAGAGAUGGAGGAGGUGAUCGGCCCGCAGGAGCAGCUGGCGGCCGUGGCGCAGACCGAGGGCGUCGUGGACAUGAAGAGCACCUCCAGCAUCGACAGCUUCACGAGCUGCGCCACCGACUUCACGGAGACCGAGAGGUCGCCCCUGCCGCCGCCCUCCGCUUGCCACCUGCAGAUGAAGUUCCCACCCGACCUCGCCCGGAUAGAAGAGCACCAAAGAGCCAGGGCCCCCCCAUUCCUCACCCUAGCCCGAGAGAAGGGGCCCGCGGCCAGGGACGCCGGCCCGGAAUACGCUCCAAUCGACGUAACUGUGAACCUCGACUCCAGCGGGUCCCACGGUGGGCCCCACGGCCCCUUGCACUCGGACAGUGCCGCCGAGAGCCCCAAGAGCUCGCUGAAGGGCAGCAACCCGCUCAAGUCCAGAUCGCUCAAGGUGAACUUCAAGGACAACAGAGGCGGUGCCCCGCAGACCCCACCCAGCACGGCCAGGCCACUGCCGGUCACCACGGCGGACUUCCCGCUGACCGCCCCGCAGCUCAUCAGCACCAUCCUCUUGGAAGAAACCCCCUCCCAGGGAGACAGACCCUUGCUGGGCGCUGAGGUUCCGGCACAUUGUCAGGGACCCUCCAAAGGGCUGACGCCUCGGUUUCCCAGGCAGAAACUCUUUCCUUUCUCAUCCAGAGAGAGGAGGAGCUUCACGGAAAUAGACACGGGCGAAGACGAUGAUUUCUUAGAGCUCCAAGGGACCACGAGGCAGGACAAGCAGGCCGACUCCAACCCGAACUGCUUUGCAGAUAAGCCUAGUGACGGAAGAGACCCUUUAAGAGAAGAGGCCUCUGUGGGCUCUUCCUCUCCACAGGACACAAGUCACAACUGUAGGCAAGACAUUUACCACGCUGUGGCGGAAGUAAAAAAGGACAACAGUCAAGAAGGGUGCAAGAUGGAAAACCACUUGUUUGCCCCAGAAAUUCAUUCCAACCCAGGAGACACAGGUUACUGUCCCACACGUGAAACCAGCAUGUGACUAGUUACAAAGGAAUAAAAAAAAAAAAAAAAAAAACAACUUGUUUCUUAAAAAUGCGGUUAAUAAUGCCUGUGAACUAAAAAGUGGGAAGCCCCUCCCCCCAAAAAAGUGCAUAAAA